AUGGAGACCCAUAGUAACAACUUUGGUACCCCUGGCCUGGAGGCCAUGGCUACUUUAGCUAAGCUUCAGGCUCGAUCGUCCUUUCUAGAAACUCAGUACUACUUUAGGAACCGUGCCGUUGACGAGUUCAGGAAGAAAGAGAAUGACGCAGCUGUGACGAUCCAGAGCUGGUUUCGUGGAUGCCAAGUCCGGGCGUACAUCAGGCACUUGAACAGGGUAGUGACAAUUAUGCAAAAGUGGUGGAGAAGUUACUUAGGCAGAAAACGUUACCAACUUAUUGUUGAGGCAGCGUAUUAUAAUAUGAAGAUGAAUCUCUACAAUGAAAUGGCUGUCAGGAUUCAGAGGCGAUGGCGUGGCUUUAGGAUCCGGAAGUAUUGCUUUAAUUAUUAUUAUUUGAAGGAAUACUUGAGAGCUGUUUCAGAGACCAAUGAUGCAAUUAGGGAGGCUUUGGAGGAAUUUGCAGAGAUGAAAGAGCGAGAAGAGAGGAAGGCUCGCCUGGAGCGGGAAGAGAAGCAAAGAGAUCAGCAAGCCCGCAAGAUGCAUUACCUGCUCAGCACAAAGCAGGUUCCAGGUAUAUACAAUUCACCCUUCCGAAAAGAGCCUGACCCUUGGGAGCUGCGGUUACAGAAGGUAAAGCCGUUAAUGCACCAACCAGCCACUGCAACGAAGACCAGGUCCCACCGCAGCCUCAGCAGCUGGCUGGCCUGCACCAGUGCCCGCUCCUUCCCGCAGUCGGCAAGUCUGCCACCUAUCGACAGGAAGCGGUGCCAGGGACCCUUCCGAGACAUCAAUGAAGUCCUGCACCAGCGUUACAAGCCUUUGGAGCCCACCCUGAGGGUGGCAGAGCCCAUCAACCACUUAGAGCUGGCCAGAGAGGCACUUAAGCAAGAUGAACGGAUGCGCAACGUGAACGACAAGAUGUUUCUGCCGUUUUCUUCCUUCCAUAAAAAGGAGAAGUACAUCCCAAUGAUACACUCAUCAAGCAAGUACAAUCCCAGCUCUUACGGACAGAAGUACUUCCGCAGUCAAGACCCUAAAAAGUGGAUCAGUGGCAAGGAUUUUCAGACUGUUCUACCAUCAUUUGACCUCUUCUCAAAGUAUGGAAAGCUAUAUUCGAAAGCUGGACAAAUUGUGUAAAGUGUGCUGCUGACUUUAGAGAAGAGAAGACGAGGAAAUGAGGAAAUGAGGUGAAGAUGAAGUGAGCACGAACAGGAGAUGCCACUGCCCAGGGGUCCAGGCUCUACCUACAUGGUGGAUGCACAACCUUGAUCUCAGUUCUUUAACCUCUGUGUGCUCUUGUGAGCGUCCCCUCUCUCCCCCUCCCUCCUGCCUCCCUCCUCACUUCUCUUGCUCUCUUCCUCCUCCCCCA